AUGGGAAAAUACGAUGUCUGUCUCGACACGAAAGUGAGGAACGAUGAAGGAGAGAUCGCUUUCACGGGUAGAUACUGCACUGUGGUCCUUUAUUUCAAUGGAACGAACGUCGGUACGACUAUGAACUCACUCUUGCCCUACUUGAGAGCUCAGCCGUACUCACAUCAGUACGAAUCUCCCGACGAGGAAUCCCGACGCGGUUUGGAUUGGGGACGGAGGUUCGGUUCCGUUGGCGGACCAGGUUUCCCCAAGCACACCAUUCUGAGCGCCGCGGAAUGCUGGAGCAGUUGGAAAUCCAUUUUCGUCAAAGACACCAAGGAGAGCGACAAAUAUCUCUCCUGCCUCCACGGCAUCCGCGCAAUCGCAGCUUCGCAAGUUCUCUGGGCUCACGUCUACUGCUUGAACGAUCCCCGGAACUUCUACAAUACAUUGAGUUUGCUCGAUUGGGAGAGCCGCGAUCGGAGCUCAACUAUCCUGCUCGCGAAAUCUUACGUUGUCGACACGUUCUUCUGCCUUUCCGGAGCGAUGGCAUUGAGGUCGUCUCUGAGGACUUUACAAAAAGGCAAAAUAAUGACCGCUGUUUCUGCUGACUUGAUCAUACGCUGGAUUCGACUGGCGGUCCCUUCGAUCGCAGCACAAGGGGUCGCCGUGCUAACGCUGCAUUACACUACCGGUCCUUUCAAAGAUAUCAUCAGCGAGCACGUUUCAGACAGAUGCAGCAGCAUCUGGGGUGCUGCCUUCCUGCUCGAGAAUACGAAGCACUUCGAGGACGCAUGCCUGAUGCAAUUGUGGUACGUUGCGGUGGACUAUCAGUUAAGGGUUCUGUUCCUGAUCCCCCUCAUAGCGAUCGCAUCUCAUUCGAAUCGAAGAGUCUUGGGUUUCUCGCUACUGAGUACCAUGCUCCUGGUGUCCAUAUUCUAUGUGGCGAUUAUCACCUACGUUUACCGGCUGCCACCCAUCUUCAUCAUCACACCGAAGUUCCUACCGGUGGGAUUAACCUACUUCUAUAAAAUAGUUAUCUCGCCCAUGUCUCACAUGGCGAGUUUCGCGGUAGGUGUGUGUUUGAUGAACUUCAUCGAAGAACAAAGGAGCGGAAGAAUGAGGAAAUUCCCAAGAGCCGUCAUAAUCCUGCUAUGGAUCACUGCGAUAAUCAUUGGACUCAUGAUAAUCAGCGUUCCUUUCCAAUGGCAAUCGGGUGGCGAUCCGGAGACCUGGGGAAAUAUUCUCUUCUCAGGAUUUGGUCGUACUUUGUGGUGCAUCGCCCUGAGCUCGAUUAUCUAUUGCUGCGCGAUGGGCCAUGGAGGCCCCGUGAACUGGGUUCUCAGCCUGCGAGUGUUCAUCCCGAUUUCGCGACUCUCUUUCGCCUUCUAUCUUCUGCAUUGCAUCGUUCUGGGGCGUCUUUACGCGUCGAGGAGAGAGUUGAUUGAAGCGGAUCAUUUCUCAUUUGCCGUGACGACUGGGGGCAUCGGCAUAAUAUCGCUGAUUUGGUCUUUCAUUUUCUUCGCUCUCAUUGAAAGCCCCCUGUCCAAUAUCGUGCCUCUUUUCUUGAAGUCGAAACUGGUCUCCCCAAGACGUAGUCUCUGA